ACUGUCACCGAUUUUUGUUCAAUCGUGUCAGCUGAAUUCGUGAGAAAGUGUUAUCGUAUGACUUUUAGUGGAAAAUUUAAGUAUUUUAGUGUUUUUAAUUAUUGGUACUAGAAUCUUGCAAAACAUUCGAAAAACUACUUGUACUGUUCAGUGGUUCAUCAUGUGGCAAUGGCUAAAUUCAGUGGCGUGUUUGAUGUAAAGGAGCCACCACCAUGGCAAAAUUGCUGCUACUGUAGCGCUUCCUCGUCAUCACUGUCUAACUUUUCCUCCGCAACGUUAUCGGGACUCCGUCAGCAGCAGCAGAACCAACAGUUGCUUGCCUUCAAAACACCAACUGAUUUUGUAAGGCACCUUCGGCAGCAUCACUGCACCGUGGAGGGAGGUUCCUUCGUGUGUCGCUAUGGCUACAAUGGGGUCUGUUCGUCGUUACCCCUGGACGGUGUCAGCGACCGAGAUUACGAGAUGCAUGUUAACCGAUGCCACGUGAACCAGCAACAGAAGGAAGCUCAGAUCAAGUGGUCUGUUUUUUCGGCGGCCCAAAAUCUUCCGGCCGUGCUAAAUGAUCCUAGCCGAGGCAAGCAGACACACUUUUUCACUAAGAAAUGGGGCGACGCCUUUGUUGAGCAGCAAGCCAUCGGAACAUCUCCUCAGCUGCCAGAUAUAAGGUGGGAUCAUUUUGAUUUCUAUCUGAAGCGAAUCGGCAAGCGCUACCGCGUUCAUACGCGAAUAGCAAAAACCGCGUUGCCGAGUGGGUCUAGUCAAAACCAACAGCAACCAGUAGUUAGUGAACGGUUGCCUAGUGGAGCGACCGCAAAUUUGAAUGACAUUCCUGAGGUUUUUCUAAAACAUAAAUUGGAGUUGCACAGUCCGUCAUCGUUUGUCGCAGUUUUUCCUGGCAUCGGCUAUGCAGGCGAACAGGCGAAGCAAUCAGGCCGAAUGCUACAGGAAAAAUUGAGUAAUUAUUUGGAUAUUGUCGAGGUGCUGAUUGCAAAACAGGUUUCGGAAAAGUCGUCGGCCUUCUUCCACGCCAUGACCUCCCAGGACGCUAUAAUGGAACAAAUGCGCGAGGCGGCAAUGCAUGUGGCUCGAUUGCGUUCAAGGCUCAAGGAGAUUGACGACACUAUCGUACGUGAGUCGCUGCAGAUUAUUAGCCUCGAGAGAACUCUUUCAAAUAAAACCAUCGUACUGGAACGGUUGAAGCUGAUGGCGACUGUCCAUCAGACCCAGCCGAUGAUUCAACUUUUGCUCAGCACGCAAGACUACGUGGCCGCUUUGGAUCUGAUAGGGACAACACAGGAAAUUCUAAGUCAAGAGUUGCGUGGUUUGCAUUGUUUUCGUCAUUUGCCAUCGCAGUUGAAUGAGAUGGAGCGGUUGAUUGACAAAAUGCUUACGACGGAUUUCGAGCGGUACUCGACAGCGGAUUUGAAUAGGCCAUUACGUGCAGCUCAUGAUGUGCCAGAGCGAGUGCUGGAGGAAGAUAAGCUUAUCUGUAUAAUUUCGGGUUUAUUGAGGAAGCGAAUUUUGGAUUUCGUCGACACGUACAAGGAGGAGGCGAUCACAACGAUCCGUGCGAUUGUGAAACAAAUGGUGAUCGAAGUACUUGCUUCGGGCGAUGCGGAAGUAUGUUUAACAGGAGCCGGAGAGGAGGCUCAAAGCUUAUCUUUCUCCGAAUGGAUUGCACUAUUGGAAACAGCGACCGUCACACUGCUUAAGCUGCUUCAACGAGUUCGAGCAGUGCAUGAUGUAAUGCAGCAGACAGCCGAUGCAAGUGCUGGAAAGAUAACAGAAGAUGUGAGCUUCAUUGAUACGGAAGCGUUUCUCAGUCCGGAGGAUUAUCAAGUUGUGCGAGCGAAAUUGACGAAUUUAUUACACUCGGUGUGUAACUAUUGUCACGAGCGUUGCGCCAAUUUAGUGUCUAACCAAAGUCUGGAGAAUAGUUCCGUUAGUUCAGACCAAAUCGCUAAAUUAGCAGAACUUGUCAAUCGAUUCUGCGAGGGAUGUGAACAAGUCUGUGGAACACAAAGUGCAUCGCUGAAGCUGGCGCUUCGAGUGCAUAGCUCAAGAUUCGCCCAAAAAUUCCAUUCGGAGAAAAAGUCAAAGUUGGCACUACUCUUGGACAGUGAACGGUGGAAGCAAGCGGAAGUUCCUUUCGAAUUCCAGAAUAUGGUGGAAAGCAUUACUGAAGAAAACUUCACGUGGACAAAAAACAUUGAUUCUAAUGGGGUAUCGAUUCCUUCACCUCCCCCUCAAACGGUUCUAAUAAUAGAGGGUCAACCUUUUGCCGUGGUUGGUGCAGCUCUGCUGCUUGUUCAGAUAGUCGGAGAAUAUUGCCGUUGUGCUUUUCAACUACCUUUGAUUGCAUCGCAACUGGCUCGUAACGUAAUUGACUUGCUGCGAACUUUCAAUUCUCGCUCAUGCCAGCUAGUAUUGGGUGCUGGAGCACUUCAUGUGGCCGGUCUUAAGAUUAUUACCAGUGGUAAUCUGGCUUUGGUAUCCCGUGCGCUUCAACUGGUUUUGUGGCUUUUACCGCACGUCAAACGUCAUUUCCAAUCACUUGAGGUGAAUGGAUCCACUACCAUUCUGAACGGGUAUGAAGCAAUCGAACGGGACUUUGCGUCUCAUAUAAAAGAGCUCGAAAAUAAAGUACUGACGAUCGUGUGUGAUGUGGUUAACGGACAGCUAACCAACUGGGAUGCCCGACCGCCAGUUCCCUCGCAACCAUUCCGUAACAUUAGUAGACAGUUCAUCAAAUUGCACGAAGCGAUAGCACCGAUCUUGCCGGACAAACAGGUUGCUGCCAUCUAUCGGGUAGUGCAUAGGAAUUUCAAGGAUAAACUGCGGGAACAGUUACUCCGUAACAAUAUCACAAACAACGGUGGACCGCAGCAUGGGACGGUUGUGUCGGAGUUAACGUUUUACAUGGAAACGCUGCGCACGCUCAAAGCAAUGCCGGCGGAGGAGUUGAACGACGAAACGUUGGAUGAUAUUUGGUUAAAGUGAGAGGAUGUGUACGAAACCUAGGCUAGGCCUUACUGUAAGUAGUUUUUUCACGAUUUCGCCUUUUCGUGCAAAAUAGCCAGUAGGUAGUAAAGAGAUGAUUGUAUUUUUUACGAUGAUGAUGCGAUUUCUUGUUUUGCCGUAACGUGUGCCAGAGAACCCAAAUUGUGUUAAAGUUUAGUUUUUAAUGUUGACUCCAAUGUAUUUUUUUGUAUUUGUUCAUUUAACAACAUACCGAGAAUUUGUUAGAAUAUGCUUUAUUUAAAUGAGGUCAAGAAAACAUCGUGUAAUUAUUCUAUCCUAUACAAAUGUUUCGUACAUUUCUCGUAUCAGGAGAAAACGAUCCAGAGUGAUCAAUGAGUUUCUUGAUGCUUUACUAGAUGACGAGUCGAACUAUGCUUUUACCGUUAAUUUAUGAAUAUGUUUUACUGGUCUUAUAUUAGCUUGCUCAGUGUCUCGGAAAGGUCAAGCCAAUAAAUACUGAAAUAGUAGUAUGUUCGGCUCAUUUCGCUAUUUUUGUAGCAUUAUUUUGUAUAUUAUUUAAUUUUUUUAGCAUAUUUGGAUUUCAGCGCGGCUACAUUUUUUUUUUAAAACUGAGCUAUCUUUGAGUUUUUAGACUCUGAACAAUAGAAACACUUUCUUUGAAUUAUUCUUUCAAUGUGUUUUACCAAUAUAGAGAAUAAUGAAGCCGCAAGAGGACGCGCAU